AUGUGGGCACAGUACCAAGGCCCCCUCCGUUUGUCCCUGGUUAUUGUGUCUCUCUGUACUCCUUUUGACCUCCGCUUGUCCCUGGUUAUUGUGCCUCUCCGUACUCCUUUUGACCUCCGCUUUUCCCUGAUUAUUGUGUCUCUCCGUACUCCUUUUGACCUCCGCUUGUUCCUGGUUAUUGUGUCUCUUCGUACUCCUUUUGACCUCCGCUUGUCCCUGGCUAUUGUGUCUCUCCGUACUCCUUUUGACCUCCGGUUGUCCCUGGAUAUUUUUUCUCUCCGUACUCCUUUUGACCUCCGCUUGUCCCUGGUUAUUGUGCCUCUCCGUACUCCUUUUGACCUCCGCUUUUCCCUGAUUAUUGUGUCUCUCCGUACUCCUUUUGACCUCCGCUUGUUCCUGGUUAUUGUGUCUCUUCGUACUCCUUUUGACCUCCGCUUGUCCCUGGCUAUUGUGUCUCUCCGUACUCCUUUUGACCUCCGGUUGUCCCUGGAUAUUUUUUCUCUCCGUACUCCUUUUGACCUCCGCUUGUCCCUGGUUAUUAUGUCUCUCCGUACUCCUUUUGACCUCCGCUUGUCCCUGAUUAUUGUGUCUCUCCGUACUCCUUUUGACCUCCGCUUGUCCCUGGUUAUUAUGUCUCUCCGUACUCCUUUUGACCUCCACUUGUCCCUGGUUAUUGUGUCUCUCCGUUCUCCUUUUGACCUCCGCUUGUCCCUGGUUAUUGUGUCUCUCCGUACUCCUUUUGACCUCCGGUUGUCCCUGGUUAUUUUUUUCUCUCCGUACUCCUUUUGA